GCCGUGGUGGACGCUGCCGGCAGGGUUCUGGGAGAAGCGCUGCGCUCGCAGAAGGAGGUCCAUCUGCAAGCAGGCGGAAUAAUUCCCGUGGUGGCACAGCAGCUUCACAGAGAAAACAUCGAGCAAGUAGUCAAAGAGGCCCUCGGCGUGAGCGGCAUCGCCAUAGGCGACCUCGCAGCUAUCGCGACCACGGUAAAACCCGGCCUUGCACUCAGCCUUGAGGUGGGGCUGCAGCACAGCUUGGACUUGGUGAGCAGGUACCAGAAGCCCUUCAUCCCCAUCCAUCACAUGGAGGCUCACGCGCUGACGGUCAGGCUCACGCAGCCUGUGGAAUUUCCCUUCUUGGUGCUUUUGCUCUCCGGAGGCCACUGCAUCUUGGCAGUGGCACGAGGAGUUUCAGAUUUCCUUCUGCUCGGACAGUCCAUAGAUAUAGCCCCAGGGGACAUGCUGGAUAAGGUAGCAAGAAGACUCUCGUUGACAAAGCUCCCGGAGUGCUGCAGCAUGGCUGGGGGGAAGGCGAUCGAGCACUUGGCUCGAACUGGAAACCGUCACCAGCACCUGUUCCCGCUGCCCAUGCAACAGUACCGCAACUGUGACUUUUCUUUUUCUGGCCUUCAGAACCUUGUCAAUAAGGCCAUUGCGCAAAAAGAAAAAGAAGAAGGUAUCAGGGAAGGUGAGAUCCUGUCCUGCGUUAAGGAUAUCGCUGCUGCUGUUCAGCACACGGUGGCUGUUCAUAUUAUCCAGCGGACGUACCGAGCCAUGCUGUUCUGCAUCAAAAAUAGCCUAUUGUCGUCAAAAACUGCAACUUUGGUUGUAUCAGGAGGAGUUGCAAGUAAUCAGUACAUCCGAAAAGGUCUGCAGGCUUUGGCAGACGCAAAUGAUUUUGCUCUUCUGUGUCCUCCUCCGAGACUGUGCACUGAUAACGGGGUUAUGAUCGCGUGGAACGGCAUCGAAAGGCUACGCGCGGGACUCGGUGUUUUACAUCGCCCCGAUGGCAUCCGCUAUGAACCCAAAGCUCCCCUUGGAAUUGAUAUUUCAAAAAGAGUUGAAGAAGAUUCCAUCAAGGUGCCAAAACUAAAAAAGAAGAUACGAUGGCUGACAUCUUAA